UGUUGCAAAGUUCGGGGGUUCCAGCGGCGUCUCCGGAUUCCGUCGCAAGCAGCAUGGACCCUUUAGAAGUGGAGUUUCUGGCGGAGAAGCAGACUGUCACCAUCAUACCCAAUUUUAGCCUGGAUAAAAUCUAUUUAAUUACCGGGGAUUUGGGACCUUUCAAUCCAGGGCUUCCUGUUGAUGUGCCAGUGUGGCUUGCUAUUAAUCUAAAACAGAGACAAAAAUGCAGAAUCAUACCACCAGACUGGAUGGAUGUAGAAAAACUCGAGCAAAUCAGGGAACAGGAGCGUAAAGAAGAAACUUUCACCCCAAUGCCUAGCCCACAUUACAUGGAACUGACAAAGUUGCUGUUGAAUCACGCCUCAGACAACAUUCCCAAAGCCGACGAAAUCAGGACCUUAAUCAAGGAUACUUGGGAUACCCGGAUUGCAAAGCUCCGGUUGUCUGCGGAUAACUUUGUGAAUCAGCAGGAGGCGCACGCUAAGCUGGACAAUCUCACUCUAAUGGAGAUUAACACAAUUGGGACUUUCCUCACAGAAUCACUGAACCAGAUGCACAGACUCUGUACCAACCUGCAGCCCGGGGAGAGGGCUCAGUCACAAGAAUAUUAAAGUGCCUUCAUUUUGUGAGGUGCUUUACCACGAAGGUUUUAAGAGUGGGGAAGUGGGCAGAGAAAGCACAUUAGGCAGUUGCUUCUGUUUAAAGAAAUGCACCAAAUGGGCUGCUCGCCACAAGGUGAUCUCACUCCUUCUGUAUGAAUCCUUUGUUACUUACUCUUCCCUUAAGUAUUAUUUGCCUCAAUUGCUCCUGGAGUAUGUAAAGAAUUCCUAAAUUCCCUGUUGGAUUUAUCAUUGUGUUGACCUUUAGGUAGUUUAGUUCUUCCCUUCUUGUUUAUACUUUUCCUAUCACCCCGAUGAUCUCCACUGUUUCUUCUCAGUAGUAUCUUGCCUGUGAAGAUCUUUAGGUUAAUUAUUCAGAUGUCCGUCUGCAGAGGGCCAGCCUGUUGCUUAGGAAUAGGAAAUAAGAGCUCUUUCGGUAAACCACCUUUCCAGGAGUGGUAUGGCCAAGUUUCUCGUACAUGCUGCUAGUGGUGUGACCCAGGCUGUUACAAAGGACCCUCUGAUCUUGAACUGCUUGCAGAUAGGGGCCGCUUCUCUCCAUUUACCUCAUCUAAAUCCUUCAUGAUCGGCAAGGGUUUCAAAGAUUAUGGGGAGAAGGCAGGAGAAAGGGGUUGAGGGGGAUAAUAAAUCAGCCAUGAUUGAAUGGUAGAGCAGACUGGAUGGGCCAAGUGGCCUAAUUCUGCUUCUAUAUCUUAUGAUUUCUUUCCAUAUCUACUGAAUCUCCUCUCGACCAAGAGGAUUCACUGCGACUUUUCCAUUCAUUUCUUUGUGAGCUGCAUUUCCUCUUUGCCAGAACCACUGCAGUAAGUCAUGGCUUAACCUGGCAUACAACGUCUACCUCCUGCUUUCACCAGAACUGACAGCAAUACUCUGGUAGUGACUGAGCCAGUGUCCUGUACAUCCUCUUGCAAUCUACACCUUCAUCACUGAAGCACGUAUUAGAACCAUUCUCUCAACACGUCCUGCCAUCUUUCUACCAAGAUGCACUCAGGGCCUCGUCUUCAUGUUUGUCACGGUUUGGUGACUCCUCCUCAUCGUCCUGCCACUGGCUUGGAACGGACUCAAAGGUACAGGGAUGGAGCAGAGUUUCAGCUCAUGGACCUGCUGCCCUAUAGCUCCCAGUGUAGGAUUAGAGUAAAUGGGUGCUCGAUGGUCAGCAUCAACUCGAUGGGCUGAAGGGCCUGAUGCUGUGCUGUGUGACAGGAUCUGUGUUGUCAAGUUUGGGUGGUGAAGAAAGAAAACUGGAAGCUUAACCUGGGGUUAGGACCAUAACUUGCAAACCCAAAGGAUGUGCCUUUUGGUUCCUGAUAGUCCAAAACAAUUUCAAUAUCCAUCAAAUAGGGAUAGUAAACUGAUGUUGCUAGUAGACUCCAUUGCCUGGUGGUGCCAGAGACAGGGUUCAGUCCCUACUCUUCCUUGGGUUUGCUGUCUAUGUGGAGUUUGCUAAGGGAGGGGUGUUGUGAAGAGAAUAAUCCUAUAUUAUCUUCAUUUUCCUUUGAUGUAAAGCACAGAUUCCCAUUUUUUUUCUGCCAUGGACCCCAUCCAUUAACCGAGGGGUCUGUGGACUCCAGGAUGGAAACCCCUGAUGUAAAGGAUGGUUGAUGGUUGUCGCAGAAUUGGUGGCCUGUUUCUGUACUGAUGACUCUGACUCUAAAAUUUGUGCAUUACUGCCCUUACAGUCUUGCUAUGUGUAAGUCUUACCAUUUUUGUAAUGAACCAGAUCCAGAAGGGCAGUUAUUAUUAACCCUUCGAUACCGGGACUCCCAGUCCAAUGUUUAUUCUUGUUGUGCUUCGUUGGUGAUCCAAUCUGAUUUGUUCCCAAUUCUGUGGAAAUGCAGACCGUAAUAGGUGUUAAUGAGCCUACUUUUAAAUGAAUAUAUUCCUUCUAUAAUUCCGAGAUGAGUCUGUUUACAAAUGCACCUUUUUUCCUAUUUCCAAAAAAGGCAGCUGUUCAUUAUGAGUGCUGAUGGUGAGGAGGGAUUCUGAAUAUAAAAACUGGACAGUCAGUGCAGUCAGUGUCCGUGGCGGAGUAAAUCAAUUUACGUGAUCCUGGUUUCCUUAUGCUGGAAUGAUGAAAGAGGGCUACAAAGAGUCACUCUUGCUGUGAAGUGGAAAGGCAAACCAGCAACGGUUUCCACUCCUACAUUUUUAAAAAAAUGUACAUUGCGUUAGGGAAUAAGCUUCCAAAAUAAUUCAUUGGCUGUAAAGUGCUUUGAGACAUUCUAAGGAUAUGAAAGACUCUGUAUGUGAAAUCUUCCUGUUUGCACUUCCCAGUGUUAAACAUUAAACAUGUUAAUGGCUUUUAAAUUCUCCUGAUUUUUUUGUGUCUUACAUAAAAAUUUGAUUAAGUCUUUUACACUUGUAAUCCCAUCCACUGGAACUUAAUUUCCCAGUAAACUUCUGUCUAGUUCUGACUUUUGUUUUGGACAGAGGUUCGU